UUUGUCCCGAGAGUCCGCGGAGGACUUUCACUGCGUAUCAGAGGAUUGCAUCGGGAAUUAAAACACAACUGGAGCUUCUCAGCUAUGGUGGCAUCCAGCUUUUGAAGUUUUCAAAGGAUGCAUACGACACGCAGCCCUUCAUCCAUCCCCACAGGUGUGUCAGGAGAUGCCCUGGACCUCAGCUUAUCAGGCUCCCAGCUUUCCAUGUCCAAACGGCCGAGCAGCGCCUCGCCAGGGAAGUACUUCUCUCGGUCUGUGUCGGUCUCCGUGGCGAGUGACAGCAGAGGAAAACGCAACACUUUGGGCGACGCCAGCUUCGGUAGCUCCCGCUCCAUCAAGAACCUGAGGCGCUCCAACAGCACCACUCAGGUUAACCAGCAGGCCAACAUCAGUUUAAGUCAGGACCAGAGCGAGGACUACUUGGCCCUGUUUGACAGCAGCUCCGAUGGACGCAAGAAGCUGGCGAGCCUCAGCAAGACCUCACCGGACAGAACCACAUGGAACAUCCUGGACGACCAGCCCAGAGCCUUCCCCCUGCACUCGAGCUCCCGCAGCACCGGUAGCGUGGACUCUCCCACCGGCCUGAAGAAAAGAGAGCCUGGCAUCGCUCUGGCUGCCACCUUCACCGCCAACAACAGGAGCAACAAGGGAGCUGUGGGGAACUCUGUCACCACCAUCUUACACAACAACUAUUCUGAGAAGCCGCUCACACCGAAGAGCUCCAACCAGAAGCCGUCCUUCAAUAACAUCCUGAAGGCCACAGCCAAUGACGAGGUGUCGCUGGAAAAUGGUUCCCUCACCAAAUCCCAGAAGAAUUUCUCCUCAGCGUCCUCCACCUCCAACAACAAGUCUCCAGUGUCGGCUCAGCGCGGAAGUCCAGUCCUGCCUCGGAGGAGGGAGGUCACGGAGGAGGAGGCUGAAAGGUUCAUUCAGCAGGUGAACCAGGCAGCAGUCACUAUUCAGCGCUGGUACAGACGCCAUGCCAAGAGACAGCACACGAACCAGACAGUGCUUAAACGCAUCCUUGCCAGUAAAAGAAAGGAGUGGGAGGAGAGAACAGAGGAGGACAGUCGCCUGGAGCAGCAGCAGAAGAAAGACGAAGACAGAAAACGGAUUCGUGAGGAGAAAGCUCGACUGGCCCGCCUCGCUGCCAUCCAGGAGCUGCAGCAGAAAAGAGCACAGCGGGCUGCAGAGGUGCAUCAUGCAGCUGAGGUGGAGCUGGAAAGCCUCAGGCAGGCUGGUGUGGUGGGACGAAAGAAGCCGCCCAAGAUUUCUGUGACCAACAAAAGUCCGGCCUCACCGAGCAACAACAGCCCAAUGUCUCCGGCAGACAUCAAAACUAAGAACACAGACUCCAAUUUGAAUAUUGUGGCUGACGUAGGUGAGCUGAGCUUCCAAGCCAUUUCUCCAGCUUUUUCCAGCCACAGGGGCUCUCAGUGUUCACAGGAGCAGGAGGGUAGAGCAGAUGAGGACGUUUCUCUGGAGCAGCAGCAUCAGGAAAGUGACAGGAAACUGAUCCGUAAAGAGAAAGCUCGUCUGGCCCGCCUCGCUGCCGCCCAGGUCAACUCAUCCGAUGGGCUGCAGCAGAAAAGAGCAACCCGGGCUGCAGAGGUGCAUCAUGCAGCGGAGGUGGACCUGGAAAACCUGAGGCCAGCUGCUGUGGUGGGACGUAAGAAGCCCCUCAGGAUUCCCCAGACCAACAAAAGUCCAGCCUCACUGAGCAACAACAGCCUGAUGUCACCGACAGACACCAAAACUAAGAACACAGACUCCAAUUUGAAUGUCGUGGCUGAUUUAGGUGAGCUGAGCUUCAGAGCUGUUUCUCCAGCUUUGUCCAAUCGCAGAGGCUCGCAGUGUUCCCAGGAGAUCCUGCAGAGGUCAGUGAGUGUGGAGGACCAGCGGCAGGGAGCUCUGUCCAGCAGGGCUCAGUCCAAAACCACCCUGAACGAGCUGCUGGACACCCUGAAGCUGCUGGAGGAGGAGCCAGAGAGGCUGUCGGAGCCAAAGUGCUACCGCAAAGAGAAAUAUUCCUGGAUAGACGAGGACGGGGACUCCAACUCUCUGACCACCGACAACCUGGAGCGUCACGGCCAGCUGAGCCACCAUCCGGCGCUGCCAGACGGGGGCGCUCUGCUUUCCGAGGCCAAGCUGCAGAGCAUCAUGAGCUUCCUGGAUGAGAUGGAGAAGUCUGAGCAGGAGAGACCACGCUCGGUCACCUCAGGAUCGCACAGAGAGGCCGUGCUGUCCGAGGAGGAGCUGGUCGGCGUCGAACAGGCGUCUGCCACCGCCGCCGAAGUCACCGGCUCCAUGAUGAGAAUCAAAAUGGAGCUGGAGGAGAAAAAACGCACCGUCAACAUGCUGCAGACGGCGCUGGCCCAGCAGAGGGAGCUGACAGUGAGACAUGUGAAGGAGACCGAGAAGGAGCUGAGCAGGAACUUCCAGCUCCAGAAGGAACAGUAUGAAGCCACCAUCCAGAGACACCUCACCUUUAUCGAUCAGCUCAUCAACGAUAAAAAGGCCCUGAGCGAGCGCUGCGAAGGAGUGGUCGGAGAGCUGAAGCAGGUGGACCAGAAGUACACCAAGAAGAUUGCACAAAUGCAGGAGCAACAUGAAAUGGUGUGGCAAAUUCUCGGUCCCUUGUGCGAGGAGAUCAAGAAGUUAAAAGACCUUAUGAGCGCCACAGAGAAGAUCCGCCGGGAGAAAUGGAUUGAUGAGAAAACCAAGAAAAUCAAAGAGAUCACAGUCAAAGGUCUGGAGCCAGAGAUUCAGAAGCUGAUAUCGAAGCACAAACAAGAACUGAAGAAGCUGCGAACGCUUCACGAGGCGGAGCUGCUGCAGGCAGACGACCGGGCCGCCCAGCGCUACGUCCGGCAGUGUGAGGAGCUCCGGCAGCAGCUGGAGAAGGAGAAGGAGGAGCAGUGCCAGAGAGAGAGAGAUCUGGCCAAACAGAGAUAUGAGAAGCAGCUUCAGGAGGAGGAAUUGUCACUGCAGCAGCAGAGGAGACGUCUCUACAAGGAGGUGGCCGACGAGAAGGAGAGGAUGGCUCAGCUGGCCGCAAGGCAACGCGGUGAGCUGGAGGAUCUGCGGCGGCAGCUGGAGGAGAACAGCUCUCUGGCCGGACGAGCUCUCAGAGAAGAGCUGGACAAAACCCGAGAGGAGCAGGAGAGGAGACACCAGGUGGAGAUGAAGGCACUACAAGAACGUCUUAACAUCGAAAAGCAGACUUGGGAAGAAAACUACAAGAAGAAGGAGGAGGCGUGGAUGCUGAGCCGCGAGCGACAGCUCAAAGAAGAGCUGCGGCGGGAUCGCGACAAAGAGAUCGAACUCGCCAUCUGGACGCUGGAGGAGGAGACCAGCAAGGACAAGGAGGAGUGUGAGAGGGCAGCUGACAGCAGGGUGAAACGAGUUAGAGAAAAGUACGAAGCCGAGCUGAGGGAGCUGGAGCGCUCCGAGAGGACGUCCGUGGAGAAACAACAGGAGCUGAGGAAGCAGCAGGUGGAGACGGAGGGAGAACUGAUCAGACUUCAGGCUCUGCUCAGACAGAAGGAGCAGGAGAUUGAGGACGUCACACAGACCAGGGACAAGCUGGCCGACGAGCGCCGCAGCCUGGCCGAGGUGAUCCGGCAGGAGUUCGCCGACCGCUUGGUGGCGACGGAGGAGGAGAACCGCAGGAUGAAGGUGGAGGUGUCGGAGGUCCGAGCGAGGCUGAGGCUGGAGGUGGAGAGGGUCACCAGGGAGAAGGAGGAGGAGCUGGCCGAAGUCCACCAGCGAGUGAAGUCGGCUAUCUUGAAGAAGGAAGAAACCGUCGGUCACCUCCGGAAGCAGCACGAGGCUGCUCUGAAGAGGGCGGACCACCUCGAGGCCUUGUGGGAGCAGCAGAGGAAGCAGCUGCUGGAGAAGUGACUGACAGCAAGGCCAGGUUUUCAUCUCCGUGGACCUCCCCCCCUCCCCGCCCUCCCAUCGCAAUGAGCUGCAUUGUGCUCAUUGUGUCGCUGUGUCCCCCCUUCUCCCUCUGGAUGUUGUUCCUGCCAGCAAGACUGAACCUGUGGAGCUUCAGAAGGUUGUGACUGAGUCUACCUCAGCUGAAGCUAAACUCAAAAAAUGGGGGAAACGCACUGGUCCUGACUGUGUAGCCGCCCCCCCAGGAAUGAAGGAGCCUGUUGUGCUCCCUCAUUUAGACGCCACAGACCAGGUGGCACCAGAUUAAAGACUACAGAUGGACCCGCCUGUCUUGUCUUUCCAAAGGAGGAUUUCUGGUUGUGUUGUGCGGCUGUACCCCGUCUUCUUCCCUCACGCUGCCGUCGGUGGGAGCAGGAAUUUGUUCCCCACAGAGCUGCCACACAGAACACUUCCAGAUGUUCCAGAGACCAGCCCGGGCCUGCUGGGCCGCUGGGAACUGGGGCGCCAUGGUGGUGGUAGUGGUAGUGGGAGCUGUUCUUACUGUAGGACCAGAGACUCGCAGCAUCACAGCCCAAAGCACGAGCCCGAAACAAGCCGCGGUGCGCCCUUUUAUCUGUUGAGUCAUGCGUUUUGUCCCAGUGCCCCCUCGAGGCAAGCGCUAAUUACUGGAUCCAUAACCGCCCCCGUCGCUGCUGCCCCGCGGCCAGCUCUGAGCAGUCUGUUUGUCUUGAACCAAAAUCUAACAACGCGGUUAGGAGUACUAACACUGGUUGCUGAGUUAAGUUAGAGAGCGUGUAGAGUGUUUCUAGAAAGAGCGAGUUGGGAACAUAAAAGGAAAACGAAGGAAGAAAAAUGGGACGUCUGAUGGCACGUUUGAGGUCAGAUGAUUGCAGAGUGGCUUUGAAAGUUUUUCUGAACGUAGGGAAGAAAAAGACGACGAGGUAGAAGGAGGGGGGGAAGGAAUGUGCAUAGAAAAUGUUUAUAGGAUUAGGAAAGCAGAGCUGGGACAGAGCAGGGCGGUAGGUGGGUUAAAGGGGGCAUGUGACCAGAGGUAUGUUUAAAGACAUAUGGGUUCUGAUCCAGAGGCCGCACUGGGACAAAACGCAUCGGCAGGGAGAAAGACGCACACAUAUGCAAACUAUUCUGUUUUGUAAAUCCUCUCAGGAGCCACAGCCUGUUUUAUUCUUUUAUUUUUUUUAUUUCUUAACCCUUAAUGAAGACAUGUGGAAGCCCCUCUCGCAGACACAGAAAGUCUUUGUGGAUAAGAUUUCAGUAAGAGCUGGUCCAUAGCUUGACUUGGCGAGGGGUGGAGCGGCUGUAACAAGAGUUGGUGCUGCGCAGAGAAACUCUAAACCCUGAAGGAAGGCCUGUUAUUUAGGUACAACAUGAUGUGAAAGACGGCAGUGUGAUGUGAUUGUAAAGGCCUCCAGAUUAGACCUCACUGUCAGACCGUAUUUAUUCUGUUUCCUUUAUUUAUUGUAGCGCUCGACCUUUGUAGUGUUGUUGGUCCACAGAGAGGUCGAAGAUGUGAAGUAGUUUCUCUCAAACGUUGUCAACACAUCAAGUGUUUUUUUUUUUUUAUUCCUUCUGCAACUAAACAGUCACAGUGAGGUGUUAUAACGGUGCCAUUUUUAGAUGGUCUAAAUACAGUACGUCAGGUUUUUCUGACACGGAAGUUGUCCGAGCCACAACGAGUGAAAUACAUAAACGAGUAAUAGACGAGAGCAUAAAGUAGAGCAGCUUUGGUUUGGACACAUUAGCCGUGUUUCCAUCUAACUGUCUGGGGAAUUCGAAGCAAAGUUUCGAAAUUUCGUGAAACAUUUUAUGAAAAAGAAAUAUGUGAAUUAGGCUUGUUCCCAUCGACUGCUAUGCAGCGGAUAAACAGAAGGUGGCGCUAUUGGAAAAGUCGCACACUUACGUACGUUUUGAAGCUGUCCUUACAAAGAACAUCCUGUUGCUGCAUGACCACACUUCUCAUACAUUCAUUGUAGUCUGUGGUUUUCUGCAAAAUGAUGCCGGAUGCAGUCGCACAGCCUGAAACAUGCUAUGCUUUUGUUUUCUAGCACACUGUACUGUAGCGUUGGAAUCGGAAUCUGAAUUUGACACAAUACAAUCGGCAAAUCGCAAAGGUGGCAAUGUAGGACGACAAACGACAAACAUUCGUGCAAUAUUUUAUGGCUUGUGGUCAAACGUUGAAAAGUCGAGCAUUAACAAAAGUAUGAAUUUGUGAAACCAUCGACGUGGCAGUUUAAACUCUGGAUCAGAUGCGCCACAUCAGGUAAAACCUAAAUUGUGUGCUAAUUGCACUUUAAAAUCAAUUGUUUUAAUCUCUACUCAGUUAUUUUUCGAAGAAGCAAAAAAGCCUCGUCCUUCAACCAUAGAAGCUGUCGUUUUAAAUGUUGCCCUUUGCGUGACCUUUUUCUAACGCCGUACUUUAAAAUCCAUACUUGCAUGCUGACCGAUAUUGCGAUUUAACUUGCAGAAGGACUUCAGUUCAACAUUCCCUGUGUACAAUAGAAGUAAAACUUUUAUUAUUGUUCACCCUUGAUUCUUUUUUGGAAAGUCAACAAGCUUAAAAAAAACUCAGCUUUUUAAAGUUUUGCUGUUGUCGUUGCCUUUUUCUGCUGCAACGCUUUGAAUUAAGAAAUGGAGGCACGGCUAAUGUGUUGAACUGGUGGUAGUUUGGAGGUUAAACUAGUGCAGCUGUAGUUGGAGCCGCAUUAUUAGCCGUUACACCGAACAGUGAGUUCGGUUCCAACACUCCUUUAGAUUGGACUGAAGCUCGGGUCGUGAGCAGCUGCUGUGUCACACAGACUCGCUGUGAGUCAUGAGGUCGAGGCUUCGGCGGCGGUGGCGAGCUGCAGCCCCUCGUUGGCACAGCAGACGGGGGAUUGGGACCCGGCGGGGCGGCGAUGUGAGUUGGCAUUCCUCGCGCAUGCCCGUCCUACAAGUGCCAAUGAGCCCUUCCUUUGUGUGUGUGUUUGUGCGCCACCAUUCCUCCCAUUGUGACCCGAACCGACCCCGGUGUUGGACUCGCACUCACCACACAAAUCAUUCCAGCUGUCAUUGCUUGUUGUUUCCCUUUUUUUUUGUUUGUUUGUUUGUUUGUUUUACAGCUCCUGAACGCACCGUUUCCUCCUGUUCAGUCUAGUUUUUACAUGUUUUUUCAUGGUGAUGGUUCGAAAAACUGUGAAGAAUCUUUUCAGCAAAGAGACAAUAAAAAGCAAAGACUGCA